GGAGCUCAGUACAUUCCUAGAUCUCCGCGCAUAAACACUACGCGCGCGUGUUCCUAAUAUCUUUGCAGAGCGCUCUACCUGUUAGGAUUGAAUACAAUGUGAAAAUUAGUGGAAAAAGUGAGAAUUUAAAAAGAAACGAAAGAAAGAUAUAUAUUUAGCAUAUAUUAGUCAAGUUAGGAAGGUGAAUUAGAGUGUAUAGACUGGGAGAUCUGUACGGCCAGAGGGAGAAUAUUAAUCGAACCUUAAACCCUGGGAUAGAUAGAAGAUACAGACAGAUAUAAGAAUGGGCGUGUCUGUAACUGAGAGAAGGCGGAAGUAUUCUCCGACCUACCUGCACAACCUAACCCUACCGGACCCGCCUCACACACUGGCAGAGUAUGCUAUAGAUCACUUCAGAUCCAACCGUUCUUCCCCGAAGUCGUCAACCCAUGAUAUGACCUCGAAGAUGAGAGGUCAAGUAAGUCCUGACCUCUGGAGGUAUUCACCUUUCCCUAUACAGGAACCUCUACUCAAGAGAUUACACAAUAAGGAGGAACUGACUGUACAAGCUUGUGUAAUCUACCAUCAUAUUCUCAUGUACAUGGGAGAUAUACCAGGCCGCCGUACAAGACUUGGAAUGGAACUCACAGACGUCAUAUUUGAUGGUCCUCUUAAACACGAAAUACUACGGGAUGAAGUGUACUGUCAAAUAAUGAAACAGCUGACUGAGAAUAGAAACCGGUUAUCUGAGGAGAGAGGCUGGGAACUAAUGUGGUUGGCUACGGGAUUAUUUGCUUGCUCUCAGAACCUAAUGAAGGAUUUAAACCAGUUUCAAAGAACAAGACGACAUCCAAUAGCACUGGAUUCUAUUCUAAGAUUACAGAAGACGAUUAGACAUGGACAAAGGAAAUAUCCUCCUCAUCAAGUUGAAGUGGAAGCAAUUCAGCAUAAAACAACUCAAAUAUUUCACAAAGUAUACUUUCCAGAUGAUACGGAUGAGGCAUACGAGGUUCAUUCUUCAAUGAGAACUGUAGAUCUAUGCAAUAGAAUAGCCCACAGGUUGAAGAUAAGAUCAGCUGAAGGGUUCAGUUUGUUUGUCAAGAUCGGAGAGAAAGUUAUCUCUGUUCCCGAGGGAGAUUUCUUCUUUGAUUUUGUUCGACAUCUGAUAGAUUGGAUCAGGAAAUCGAAAUCUCCUAGAGAAGUUCCUGCCCAGUUUUCAUACCAAGUUUUCUUCAUGAGAAAACUAUGGACAAGUAUUAUCCCUGGGAAAGACCGACAAGCAGACAUCAUCUUUCAUUAUCAUCAGGAGUACCCAAAGUUGCUCCGAGGCUACCACCAGUGUAGUAAAGAGGAGGCUGCUGUCCUGGCCUCCCUCAUGUACAGGAUCAACUACUCCGAGACCAAGCAGGACAUCUCCGCUGUUCUCAAGGAUAUCCUUCCAGUAGAUCUGCAGAAGCAGGUUCCAACCCAGGACUGGAAAAGGGAGAUUGCUAAAGCGUACAACCAAGAUUCAGGAAUGUCCUCUGAAGACGCAAAAAUUGCGUUUCUCAAGGUUAUCUAUCGUUGGCCAACCUUUGGUUCAGCUUUCUUUGAAGUAAAACAAACCACAGAUCCAAACUAUCCUGAUCUUCUACUCAUAGCAAUCAAUAAACAAGGAGUCAGUCUUAUUCAUCCACAAUCAAAGGAAAUCCUAGUGACCCAUCCGUUCUCCCGUAUUGCGAGCUGGUCAAGUGGACCUGGAUACUUCAACAUGAACCUAGGGGAGCCGGGUCGAGGUUCGAGGCUGCUCUGUGAGACGAACCUCGGUCAGAAGAUGGAUGAUCUACUAACCUCGUAUAUAUCUCUCAUGCUAACUAAUGCUAACAAGAAGCAAUUAGGCGGGAAACAAAAGUAAAACCGGUUUUGGAAAUACAAAAAUCCGUGAAGAAAAGCGCAAUUAGUGUUCAUGUUAAUGUUUAUGAAAGUAAAUUGUUAAAAAUUAGUGAAACGGUGCCAAAACUUGAAGUUUACGAAUGUUAGCCAAACAUUUCAAUAUGUCUCUUUAAAAACCCCUUAUUGUCAUCUGUUUCAAAAAUUGUACUUAUUUUGUCGAAAACCUAAAAGAUGUUUAAAAACAAAUAUGUAUUUUGUUUAGUGAAAUUUUCACGGUCGUUCUGACUUGCUUUAUUCUUAUAUUACACACCAAACCUUUACUAUUCUCUAUUUACAUUAAACAAACAAAAUAAUCAGUAUUCUCUGCAUAUAUUAAAUUUUACCGUAUGUACAUAGUACAUACAUGUACAUGUACAAGUACAAGUGAUGGUUGCACGAAUUGUAAAACAUUAAUUUGGUAUAAAAUGUUUAAUUUAAAGUUGAAAGUUUUCAAGUACGACCAUAUUACACUAUAGUCCUAUAUUCUGUAUUAAAAAGUAUUCCUGUUAUAAAAUAUACAAUGUUAAUAGAAAUAUAUAUUUUUAAACUUAA